AUUCCCUCCCAAACAGAUCGUGUAAAGUGGCCGUAGCACUAUUGGAGGCAGUAGGCCAGAUCCCUGGGGUGAAACCACUUCUCUAACCAUUAGACCACACUCCCUGCUGCUCUGCUCAAAGCCAAGAAUGGACCCGCCAGCCAUUUAGUCCAGUAGCUGCCAAGGGGAGAGGAUCCGGUGCUGGGAUCUCUGAAGUUGAUUGCUGCCUCCAAAUUGGACCCAAUUGCAGCUGGAGAGGAACUGGUCAGAGGCCAGUGCCCGCACCCCAGCCUUCAUCUGUCUCGGUGAGAGAGGAGAGAUGACAAAAGGCGAGGGUCCCAUGGAUUCAGAGCAGUCACCCAAUGAAAGAGAAGUUGAACUGCCUAACAACAAACUCCAGAGAGCUGUUGGGUGGAAAGCCCCGCUAGCCGUCGGCCUGGUAGUCAUAGUCGUGAUUGUUGCUGUUGCUGUGAUACUUCUGCACGUGAAAUCUCCUCUGGAAUCCAAGUUGCCUCCUGUCUCCACCCCAGUCCAUCUAAAUGCAAAAUUCCAUGUGCCCUGCUGUCUGGAUGGCUGGGUCGGGUACAGAGGGAAGUGCUACUAUUUCUCUGAGGCCGAGGGGACCUGGGACUCCAGUCAGAGCUUCUGCUCUUCACUCAAUGCCUCCCUGGCUUGGAUCGACACUGAGAAAGACCUGAUGUUCAUAUUGCGAUAUAAAGGCCUCUCUGAGUUCUGGAUUGGCCUGAAGCGAGUAUCGGCGCAGACCUGGCAAUGGGUGAAUGGCGAACACUUCAACAACCUGUUUACGGUACGGGGAGAAGGCGACUGCGCGUACCUGAGCGAUGACUUUGCCACUUCGUCGUGGUGCUCCACGAAGCGCUACUGGCUCUGCAGCACACCCGACGGGAUGCGGCGGGAGGACGCGAUGCCGGGGGACUGAAGGGCGAAGGUUGGGAAAACGCCUCAGGGCCCAGCUGCAUGACGCUCCAAACAUCGCUCGAUAAGAUCCUCACUAGAGUUUGACAGAUUUUUGUUGUUGUAAAUAAGCCUCUUUUCUAACCUGCUCUUUAUUGUGGGCCCUGGAUAGCCCUCUUUGUCCUGGUUGUUUUAAAUAUAGACCAGGUCUUAGUUAAACUCACUCCUGAAUGCUGUAGUUAGGCCAAUGUAACCCCCAGUGUAGACGCAGCUAAGUUGACCUAGCUACCGUCACUGGGAAGGCGAUGUUCCUACAGUGAUGGGGGAAACCCCCUUCCCCCCACUGUAGGAUGUGUCUGCUCUGGGGUUAUGCCAACGUAGUCUGCUGCCAUGUCCCCUUACUAUAGACAUGGAUUAAAACCCCUUCCCAGCUUCCCCUGCUGUUGUCUGUCAGGGUGCGUCUACACUGCAAUGGGGGUACGUGAUUACAGCAAUGAAGG